GAAAAUCAUUUUCACCAUGGCUCCUGCACUCCACAACUACCUGUUUAUUCAGCUAAUAGUCCUCCCUAAAGGGCUCUCUCAGUUGGUGAGAACACAGCAGGUUGUCACGGCAAUCCUGGGAGAAGAUGCAGUCUUAACCUGUGAGCUCAUGACACCCAAAGACGUGCGGCAAGUCACCUGGCAAAAAGAGACAACUGAGGCGAAUGAAAAUGUGGCCACCUACAGCAAACGCGGUUCCCAUGUCAACCCACCUUUUCAGAGGAACGUGGAGUUUGAAGACGAGGGUCUGCAGAGCUGCUCUAUUGUCAUCAGAGGAGUGUCAAGAGGAGACGAGUCCUGCUACAAGUGUCUGUUUAACGCCUAUCCAGAGGGAGCUAUCAGUGGAACCACCUGCCUCAAAGUCAAUGAGCUGUAUGGACCCUCACUCCUCAUCACACAAACCAACAACAGUCACACCACUCUGUCCUGUUCUGCUACUGGACGACCUGUUCCUAUAGUAACCUGGGAAGACACAGAAAUUCUAGAAGAUUCCACAAUGGCCAAUGUCACCCAUCUCAAUGGAACUGUCACGGUCACCAUAACUUCUACGCUGGCAGCAUUCAGUCUACCUGACAAAGACACCAGGGUUGGCUGUAUGGUGUCACUGUUCUCUGGAGGUGUCACCAAGAACGUAUCCAUGGUUAUUCCAGCUAGAACACAAGCUUCAUUUCCUGAUGUACCUGAGGUCACUGAUGGUGACAGGAUCAGAGGGAUUGGUGCAGUGAUGGGUUCACUGUGUUUCAUUGCUGUGUGCUGUGGAGCUGCUGUGGCACUGUGGUGCAAACUGAGAACUACAACAAGAAGCCAAUGACAGAGAACAGGAAGAACCAUCAACACUCAACCCUCAACAUGAUGACCCUGAAACAAGUAAACAGUGUUUGUACUUACUGUAGGUAAUAGAUUAGAAAACAUUGAAUUGCUUUUCAGUAUCAAAUGCCCUCCCUGGAGAAUAUGUAACUGUAAAUACCCACAAUGCUGUUAUAUCAGUACACUACUACAACAUGAUCUGACUCUGAUCACUAUCAUUGAUGUUAAUAUCUUUCAAGACCACAACAAUAUCCAGUACAUUCUAAAUGUGUUAGUACAACCUUAUUGGAUCAUCCUGAUAGAGUGGUAGUCAUGGUGACCGCAUACAUGCAAAUAAGUUGCAUUGCUGCAGUGUUGUUCCAGUAUGUUAUUUGUAUUUUGUAUUUAUUAGGGAACCCCAUUAGCUGCUCUUCCUGGGUCCAAACAUAUUACAGUACUUACAUUACAUAUAAAACAUUAUUACACCACUACAUCUCUACAAUACAACAUGUUUAAUACCACCAUACAACAAUAUCACAAUGUUUACACAUGCAUGUGUCUGUACCUUUGUGUCUUCACAGUCCCCGUUGUUCCAAAAGGUGUAUUUUUACCUAUUUUAAAAAUCUGAUUCUACUGCUUGUAUUACAUGAUGUGGAAUAGAGUUCCAUGUCGUCAUGGCUCUAUGUAGUAUUGUGCACCUCCCAUAGUCUCUUUUGGACUUGGGUCCUGAAAAGAGACCUCUGGUGGCAUGUCUUGUGGGGUAUGCAUCGGUGUCCGAGCUGUGUGCAAGUUUUUUAAACAGACAGCUUGGUACAUUGAGCUUGUCAUCACCUCUUACAAAAACAAGAAGUGAUGAAGUCAAUCUCUCCUCUACUUUGAUCCAUGAGAGAUUGACAUGCAUGUCAUUAAUGUCAGCUCUCCGUGUACUUUUAAGGGCCAGCCGUGCUGCCCUGUUCUGAGCCAACUACAAUUGUGGCACUUGACCACACUACUAACAGUAGUCAAGGUGCAACAAAACUAGCGCCUGUAGGACCUGCCUUGUUGAUAGUGUUGUUAAGAAGGUAGAAACUAUGGCCUGUAGGACCUGCCUUGUUGAUAGUGUUGUUAAGAAGGUAGAAACUAUGGCCUGUAGGACCUGCCUUGUUGAUAGUGUUGUUAAGAAGGUAGAAACUAGGGCCUGUAGGACCUGCCUUGUUGAUAGUGUUGUUAAGAAGGUAGAAACUAGGGCCUGUAGGACCUGCCUUGUUGAUAGUGUUGUUAAGAAGGUAGAAACUAGGGCCUGUAGGACCUGCCUUGUUGAUAGUGUUGUUAAGAAGGUAGAAACUAGGGCCUGUAGGACCUGCCUUGUUGAUAGUGUUGUUAAGGAGGUAGAAACUAGGGCCUGUAGGACCUGCCUUGUUGAUAGUGUUGUUAAGGAGGUAGAAACUAGGGCCUGUAGGACCUGCCUUGUUGAUAGUGUUGUUAAGAAGGUAGAAACUAGGGCCUGUAGGACCUGCCUUGUUGAUAGUGUUGUUAAGAAGGUAGAAACUAGGGCCUGUAGGACCUGCCUUGUUGAUAGUGUUGUUAAGAAGGCAGAGCAGUGCUUUAUUAUGGACAGACUUCUCCCCAUCUUAGCUACUACUGCAUCAAUAUGUUUUGACCAUGACAGUUUACAAUCCAGGGUAACUCCUAGCAGUUUAGUCACCUUAACUUGCUCAAUUUCCACAUGAUUCAUUACAAGAUUUAAUUGAGGUUUAUGGUUUAGUGAAUGAUUUGUCCCAAAUACAAUGCUUUUAGUUUUGGAAAUAUUUAGGACUAACUUAUUCCUUGCCACCCUAUCCGAAACUAACCGCAGCUCUUUGUUGUAUAGUGUUGAGUCAUCCGCGUACAUAGACACACUGGCUUUACUCAAACAGCUGCCCUGGGUAAUUCCUGAUUCUACCUGGAUUAUGUUUGAGAGGCUUCCAUUAAAUAACACCCUCUGUGUUCUGUUAGACAAUCAACUCUUUAUCCACAUUAUAGCAGGGGGUAUAAAGCCAUAAUACAUAUGUUUUUCCGGCAGCAGACUGAACGAUAAUGUCAAAAGCUGCACUGAAGUCUAACAAAACAGCCCCCAUUAUCAUUUUAUCAUCAAUUUCUCUCAGCCGCCUCCCAGGUGGCGCAGUGGUUAAGGGUGCUGUAGUGCAGCGCCAGCUGUGCCACCAGAGACUCUGGGUUUGAGCCCAGGCUCUGUCGUAACCGGCCGUGACCGGGAGGUCCGUGGGGCGACGCACAAUUGGCCUAGCGUCGUCCGGGUUAGGGAGGGUUUGGCCGGUAGGGAAAUCCUUGUCUCAUCGCACACCAGUGACUCCUGUGGCGGGCCGGGCGCAGUGCGCGCUAACCAAGGUUGCCAGGUGCACGGUGUUUCCUCUGACACAUUGGUGGGGCUGGUUCCGGGGUGGAUGGCGCUGUGUUAAGAAGCCGUGUGGCUUGGUUGGGUUGUGUAUCGGAGGACGCAUGACUUUCAACCUUCGUCUCUCCCGAGCCCGUACGGGAGUUGUAGCGAUGAGACAAGAUAGUAGCUACUAAAAUAAUUGGAUACCACGAAAUUGGGGAGAAAAGGGGGUAAAAUUUAAAAACAAACAAAAAAACAAUUCUCUCAGCCAAUCAUCAUUCAUUUGUGUCAGUGCUGUGCUUGUUGAGUGUCCUUCCCUAUAAGUAUGCUGAAAGUCUGUUGUAAAUUUGUUUACUAUGAAUUUACACUCUAUCUGGUCAAAUACCAUUUUUCCAGAAGUUUACUAAGGGUUGGUAACAGGCUGAUUGGUUGGCUAUUCGAGCCAGUAAAGGGGGCUUUACUAUUCUUGUGUAGUGGAAUGACUGUAGCUUCCCUCCAGGCCUGAGGGCACACACUUUAUAAAACCUUAAAUUGAAGAUGUGGCAAAUAGGAGUGGCAUUAUCGUCCUCUAUUAUCCUCAGUCAUUUUCCAUCCAGAUUGUCAGACCCUGGUGGCUUGUCAUUGUUGAUAGACAACAAUCAUUUUUUCACCUCUUCCAAACUGACUUUACGGAAUUCAAAAGUACUAUUCUUGUCUUUCAUAACGUGGUCAGAUAUACUUGGAUGUGUUGUGUCAGCGUUUGCUGCUGGCCUGUCACACAUAAGUUUGCUUAUCUUGCCAAUGAAAAAGUCAUUAAAGUAGUUGGCAAUAUCAGUUGGUUUUGGGAUGAAUGAGCCAUCCGAUUCAUUGAAUGAUGGAGCUGAGUUUGCCUUUUUUCCCAAUAUUUAAUUUAAGGUGCUCCAAAGCCUUUUACUAUGAUUCUUUAUAUAAUUUAUUUUUGUUUCAUAGUAUAGUUUUAUUUCAUUUAGUCAUGAUUUCUUAAUUUGAAAUACGUUUGCCAAUCAGUUGGGCUGCCAGAUUAAUUGCCAUACCUUUUGCCUCAUCCCUCUCACCCAUACAAUUUUUAAAUUCCUCAGCAAUCCAAGGGGGUUUAAUCGUUUUUACAGUAAUUUUCUUAAUGGGUGCAUGCUAAUUAGUAACUGGAAUAAGCAAUUUCAUAAAUGUGUCAAGUGCAGUGUCUGGUUGCUCCUCAUUACACAUCAAAGACCAGCAAAUAUAAUUUACCUCAUCAACAUAUGACUCACUAUAAAACUUCUUGUAUGACCUCUUAUACACUAUAUUAGGCUCAGCCGUUGGAACUAUUCUAAAAUGGAUUAAAUAAAAGUGUAAUGAUCACUUUAAUGGUACUGUAUUUCAAACUCUCUGGUCAGUUAUGUUUGUUUUAGACCAUAGCUGUCAAUACUUGACCGUUUUUACUUUUUUUGUUGUUAUGAGAACUUGAGUGACUACUAUACUGUCUCAUACACAUCUGUGUGGUUCAAAGACUGUUUCCAUCCAUAGGCAUUGUGGGUACUGAAUAGUGGACUGAAUGGCUGACACACAUAGGCCUGCUGUUUAUUUUAUACUUAAAUACAGUCUGUAUGUAAAUAUGUUUUGUAGUUGGUUAAUGAUGACACAUGAUGAAUCCAAACUAGACUUAUGUGUGGUUUUUAUUCUUUACUGGGGGUUUUAUAAAUCAAAUGUUAGGUACUUUCAUGGUGUGGGUGGUUUUCUUAAUUCUUCACUUUUUUAAAUCAAAUGCUGUAAGAUACACAAUGUUGUAAUGUACUUUGUUGUGUUUUUGUUUUCUACUUUUAUAAAUAAAAUGUUUAAACAAU